CACCAUGGGACCCGCUGCGCCGGGGAGAUUGCUGCUGUGCCAAACAACAGCUUCUGCACGGUGGGAGUUGCCUAUGGGAGCCGCAUCGCGGGCAUCCGAGUGCUGGAUGGGCCCCUCACCGACAGCAUGGAGGCCAUUGCCUUCAACAAGCACUAUCAGAUCAACGAUAUCUACAGCUGCAGCUGGGGUCCAGAUGACGAUGGGAAAACCGUGGAUGGCCCCCAUCAACUGGGAAAGGCCGCCCUGCAGCACGGCGUGAUAGCGGGUCGCAGGGGCUUUGGGAGCAUUUUCGUCGUGGCCAGUGGCAACGGCGGGCAACACAAUGACAACUGCAACUAUGAUGGCUAUGCCAACUCCAUCUACACUGUCACGAUAGGCGCAGUGGACGAGACAGGCUCCAUGCCGUUCUACGCCGAGGAAUGUGCCUCCAUGUUAGCGGUGACCUUCAGCGGCGGGGACAAGAUGAUGAGGAGCAUUGUGACAACAGACUGGGAUUUGCAGAAGGGCACGGGCUGCACGGGGAUGAUCGCGCUGAUGCUGCAGGUGCGGCCGUGUCUCACCUGGCGGGACGUCCAGCACAUCAUCGUCUUCACUGCCACCAAGUACGAGGAUCGUCACGCGAAGUGGGACAUCAACCAGGCCGGCUUCAGCCACAGCCAUCAGCACGGCUUCGGCUUGCUGAACGCCUGGAGGCUGGUUAACGCUGCCAAGGUAAUUCCCCUCCCCGCUUCUCAUCCCGGUCCUCUUUCCCAACCUGGCUGCUCUGUAACUGUGGCCUGGGCAAACGCUGCCUUCCUUUUCCCAGUCAGCACCGCCGACCUGGAGCUCUCUGGCAUGAGGACCCUGGAGCACGUGGCAGUCACCGUCACCAUAACCCACCCCCGCCGCGGCAACCUGGAGAUCAGGCUCUUCUGCCCCAGUGGCAUGAUGUCCCUGAUAGGGACUGCCAGGAGCAUGGACUCGGACCCCAAUGGCUUUACAGACUGGACCUUCUCCACGGUCCGGUGCUGGGGCGAGGAGGCACGGGGCACGUACAGGCUGGUCAUCAGGGACUUCGGAGACGAAAGCCUAAGGCCUGGGACCUUGAAGCAGUGGCAGCUGACCCUGUACGGCUCCUCCUGGUCCCCAGCAGAGAUGAAGGAGCGGCAGAGGCUGCUGGAGGAAGCCAUGAGCGGGCAGUACCUGAGCAGCGACUUCUCCCUGCCCUGCCCUCCGGGGCUGGAGAUCCCCGAGGAGCAACGCUACACAAUCACAGCCAACACCCUGAAGACCCUCCUGCUGUUGGGAUGCUUUGCCGUGUUCUGGACUUUCUACUACAUGCUGGAGGUCUGCCUGAGCAGGAACAACGUGGGGCUCGACCUGACCUGCAAUGGCUCCACGGCCUGCAAGUGGUACCAGCAAGGAGGGAAGCACAGAGGCCUGGAGAGCGGCCUGGAGCUGGAGUCUGUGCCGCUCUACCGGGAGAAGGACAUCGAGGACGUCGAGAUUGAGUGUGAGCAGCCACAGCCUGCCCAGGAGGACGAGGGGGAGGAGGGGUCGUGGACCCCCACCCACGCCAAACUUGCCAGCAGCGGCAGAGUGGUGAGCUUCCACGAGGCGGCCCCCGCCGGAGCAGGGUACCUGGGCCGGGAGGCGAUGGCCGAGCUCCUCGCGGAGGACAGGGAGCACCAGACGUGCUAG